AUGGCGGUGUCGUCGCUGGACCUGGAGGUGGGCAGCGCCAUGUUCCUGGACUCGCGCCUGCACCUGCGCUGCGCCGCCUGGCUCUUCAACGUGUACCGGCGCAACAGCGUCGAGUACGAGCUGCAGGAGGACGCGCCGCAGCUCGCCUCCGAGCGACGACACCGCGGCCGACCGCAGGGGUACUGGCGCCCGCGGCGGCGGCAGCGGCGGCGGCGGCGGUGGCCGCGGUGCUGCUGGCGGCCAGAUAGCGCGCGCGGCGCCGCCCCUCUUCGCCCCCGCCCCCGCCCUCGCCCACGCCCGUGGCCACGCCAGCGCGGGACCUGCCCCGCCGGCAGCGCCGCCGCCCCCGCCCCCGCCGCCACCGUCGCCGGCGCAUUUGAAAGUCAAACGACCGCUUCAAAGGACGAGGAGGAGGAGGAGGAGAAGAAAAAGAAGAAGGCGCCCCAGCGUGUGCCCCACCGUCCCCCGUGUGCACGUCGCCCCGCGCCGCAGCCCCCGCCCGCGCCGAGCCGAGCCGCGUCUGAGUGCAGCGCGAUAAGCGGGUGCAGCCCGGUGUUUACACGCCCCGGGCGCCGGCGGAGUGUGACGCGAGCGGUGUCGGCGCUGUUCCGAAGCUGUCCCCGGCCCGCGCGGGACGCAAGACGGAUGACUGCUGCGAAAGCCUUUUGUAAUUAUUUCAUCAAUGGAAAAUUACUUAUUUACACAAAAGAUUAUUUUUUGGAACUCCACAUGAUGAAGCUUAUGCCAAUCAUUUUACUGCACUAUUUUACAAAAGCGACUACCUUUUUCAUGACACAAACUUUCAGAAAGCAACUGUUUCUUUAUGGGAGGUUCAAGAGUGGCCAGUAUGCAAAGGAGAUAGUCACCCAGCAAGAUGAAGUAAAGCUGUCUCCGCCAACGAAUACAAUUCCAAUUAGUACCUUUCCGCAAGAAUAUCGAGUAAUGAAAAUAAUCCAAUACACUUCAAUUAGGGGUGAAACAACACAUGAAAAUGUGUUAAUUCAUACUAAUUUAAUUUGA